ACAGCUGAUUGUAUCGGAGGUAGCGAGGGGCAGCAGUUAGUGUGAGCGAGGGAGUGAACACUACCUGUGACCCCCCUAGAGUUCCAUAGUGUCAUUCGGGACCUGCUAGAGUUCCUUAGUGUUACGACGACACCAGACAGUGAUCACCAAAAUGAAGUGCCACUGUCUAGUGUUGUGGGCAGCGGUGUUGACAUGGGCCACUAUGGUGGGCGGCAGCACCUCGCCAGGGGAAGGAUACAACCUCAGGAUGACGCAGGAGGAACGGGAGAAGGUGCUGGACAGGAUGCACGCCGAGAUGGUGGGGGUUGAACCUCCGUGUGUCCCUCCCCAUAACACUCCUAUUAAUCCAGUCAUGCCGAUGAUGCCAAACGCGUUCUCCACCAGGGUAGAGGUCGCUUUUCAGGAGGACAAUAGGAAAAAGGUCAUAUUCGGCUAUGAGAGCUUUGACAACAUCUUGAACAGUGGUGUCCUCUCCUACGAGCUAACUGAAGGAGUGAUUGCUGAUAGACCCUAUUUGGAGGAAGAGAUAAUCCACUACGAUGUACCAAAGGGCGAAUGUCUCACUAUCCUCACUGACACUGCUUGUGAAGACACAAGUGAUGGUAACUGUGAUCCAAAGAAGAUUUGCAAGGCACAAACUAUCCUUGGGCUAAAAGAGGAGAUGAGAUUCCUUUUCGGGUUGGGAGAGAAAAUUGGGGAUGGCGGAUACUACGGAACGGUGGGUGUCAUGAACUGGGCCUACCAGUACCAGUACCAGUACCUUGGCACACAGGACUGCCGGGGUAUGAUAUGCGACAAGUUUGACAUCUGCAUCUCCAAUCCCAACGGUGGCACAGUCCACAUCGUCUACUACUGGUCAAGUACUGACUGGCACGUGGCUAGUGAUGAACCACCAGUGCCAGUGGCUGUGGAGAUCACCUCUGACGCCAAGAUGAGUCCAUUGGUCACCCGCCGGGUAAUGCAGCGCUUCGACUUCUACGAGUUUAUGAGAGAAUUUAGACCAAGUCCUGAGGAGCUGGCACCGCCACCAGAUGUGUACUGCAUGAACCGCAAAACAUCAGAAGAACCCCCUGAAGUGCCACUCUACUUCUCCUACAGCUCAGAGGCAGUGGUUGGGUUCGAAUUUUCCUUUCCUGUGGGUGACAAUGACACAGUGAACAUCCAGUUCACCUCCAUCAUCACCCAGAGUGAGAGCUAUGAUUGGGAGGCCAAGAUUGCACUGGCUGACUACAUUCCUUGGUACAUCUUCGGGGAUGAGUAUCGCUAUGAUCACCUCACAAGGCGUAUCCAAGACUUCAAUCAAGAUCUAGAGUACUACAUUGAGACAAACCUGGACAAGCAAUGCCGUUACGGCCCUAUGGACAACAACACCGACGGGGGGAACAUAAUAAUAAACAAGGAUGGAUCCAUUGGCUUAAUGCCUCCCUGGUUGUUUAAGGACCUUGAUGAACCAAUGCAGUAUAAUGGAAUUCAUGUGACCCGAGGUUUAUUAUCUGAUGUGUGGGUUGGAAUGAAAAAAAUUCCUAAAACCAUCUUUGAAGAAGACUUUGUCUGGUAUUACGCCUCUCCCUUCGUGUCGGAUGAUGAAUCAGUUGAAAAUCUGUCACGUGAACUGAAGUGGCACCUGAGGAAGAAUCGUAGGAGGGACAUGAGAGAGAGCAUAAAGGAAGAGUUAAAGUCGAGUAAGAAGAGUAAUAGUUUGGGGAACGGAAAUGAUGCACCAUCACUACAAUCACUGGACAAGGUUCCCAUAAGGAUGGAGAGAUACUUAAAUAUUAUGGCGGGUUUCCCACAUCUAAUCUACAACAUGUUUGACUACCAGUCAGAGCCACCCUUGACCCACACCUUUGAUAUUUCGCCUUGUUACAAUGUUUCUCAGAAGCGUGACUUCAUCGUGGACCUGCCAGGUAACACUUUGGUCAAGGUGACAAACCUGCGGGACAAGUUACUUUACUCUUCCCAGCAUGCCAUGGCAUUAAUGGGCAUUUUAUCACCACUUCGGAUCAACAGGAUGGUGCUGGAGGAACGACAAGACUCUAUACGGCUCCUGUUUACUGUCCUGGACAUAGCCUUGGCAGCUGCCAGUGCUACUGGAGCCUUCAAGGAAAACAACAUGAACACUGCUGUCAACCUGAUCAGGAAUGCCAUUAACACUAAUGAACUGGUGAUCACUGUAGAACUGGUAAAGCCUCCAGAAGGGAUAGAAGGACCAUUAUUCGUAACGGUGGUGCCAAUCGCUGGGUCCAUGCAGGAGGUGCAUCGAGGAGAGAAUAAUGACUACAGCUACACAUUAGAUAAGGGAUACCAUUCAGGCGACAUGGCGGGAUUGGCCAUAGGCAUGCUGAUGGUGGGGGCUCUGGUUGGGGUAAUCAUCAACAUGGUGAUUCAGCGGGGGAAUGCAACUCCAGGCGGCCUUCCUCGGGUCAGCAUGGCACGCAAGAACCGUCCCACUUCCGACAAUACCAUCGCUAUUAAUGGUAACCUUACUGGCUCUGAAAUUUAGAUCACAAUAAUUCAAAUGGAUCAGAUUUAUGAGGUGUAAAAGCUUUAAGACUCUACAAUAUAUAAUAGUGGAGAUUUACAAGUGAGAAUCAAACUAAUAUCCUUAAACAUGAGAUUGUGGUAAAAAAUCUUUGAUACAGAGGCUUUAAUUUAGUGUUUGGAAAUCUGAGUGUGAAUUCCAUUAUUUUUAGAAUAUGAGGUCACUCUGGGAUAUAGGAAUUGAAAGCUUAAAUUUUAGAUGAAUGAGUAAAAUUUGUCUUGUAUUAAAGAAACAACUGUGAUCACUCUGAAUGUUAAGAUCUAUGAGUAUAACCAAUGAAAUACUCUACUGUACUUUACAUUCCUCAACAUGACCAUUUCAUUGUUUUUGUACUUAUAAUAACCUCCAUUUUUCUGGUGUUCAGAAUGUAUGUUAAUUUUUAUACAGGUAGUAUAAUAAGCAUAUAUUAUGAAUACUGUAUAUAGGUACAAAAUUAAGUCACCCUCUUGACUUAAGCCAAAGAUGCAACAACAGAACAGCUAUUAUAAAUUAUCAGGGACAUCUUUUCAGGCGUGAAAGAUGCAAGUCUUGUGACUUUUAUGAUAGCAUUUUAAGUGAAUAAAAGAUGUAGUUUAAAAAUGUU